CUCCUAACAGAUUUGUCAGAAGCCGAAGUCUGGAUAUCAGAGCAGUAUUCUGGUCUUUCGACUUUUUGCUCCUUAACUGAUAUCGAUGGAACUUUUGCGGCAGUUGAUCGACUUCAUGACUUAGAAGUUCAAUUGAAGGCGGUUAAAGCUAAUAUUCUGGACCCGAUAAAGCUUAGAAUUCCUGAUAUUACCUGGCAGCCUAAGUCACAAUAUCCAAAACCGCCAUCGGUAGCUGUUGCAACCACUGCAGUUCCAACAAAUAUUUCCUUGGCUGGGACUGGCUUGGCCUCAAAGAUGAUAAUUACCGAAGGGGAAAAUAUCGAAGAUACUAGUCAGGCGAGCGAGGGACUUCUUUUUUCCAACAUUUUGAGUGAAGUUGGAGGAUUGGCAUUAUUUAAUGAGCUGGUUGAAUGUCCCAGUGAUCAAGACAAAUGCACUGCGGAGGAAUAUUAUCAAGAAGUGGAGGAAAGAUGGAUGACUCUGGUUUCCCAUUUUGAGCGCCUGCUAGGCUAUUUUGGAUUGCUAAAAUGUAGACUGCGUCUCCGAUUGCGGUGCCUUGAGUUUGACCUGGAAUCAGACGAUCUGUCCGCCUGGCUGGCGGAACAGGCUGAGAUAGCUGAUAGCGAAGCCUAUGGCCGUGAGGUGGAGCACUGCCAACGCCUUUUGGCAAAGUACACUGAGCAGUCUACCCGUAGCAUCAAACUUGCCAACAGGCGCUUGGCUGAAUCGGAGACCUAUGCUAAGAUGUUGGCCUCUGAAAUCGACAUGGCUUGUGCUAAACUGACCCGAAAUUCGGAAUUCGAGUCUGAUGCCAGCUCUGCUAGCCUUAAUUCUGAGGCCAAUACCUCACUCGAAAGUUCGCCGGUCAGGACAGCUUCAGCUGCCGGCAUGCAGAAUUCGUACGUAAGGUCCAAAUAUCCUCAAUCCCGGCUGCUUGUUCAACCCAGAUUCACAGAGUCUCAGCACCAGCUAGUACAGCAAUUACAAAAAGAGCGUAGCCUUGUGGUUGAGCGUCAAGAGCAGCUUCAGCAAACAUGGGGCAGCGUUUUCAGGAAGAUACGUGCCAGGAAAGAGGUAUCUUGCUCACAUAAGUUAGAAUUGUUUUCCGCUGGAUUAAGCUUUUAG